UGUAGGGAUUUGUGUUCUCUCUCUCUCUCUCUGUUUUUUUCUUUUUUGUCUAUAUAUAUAUAUAUAUUGUUGUUGUUUUAGAGUUAUGGAUGCAGGAUCAUUGAAUUCUUCUUCAUCAAGUUCAUACUUGAACGCACAGUCUCGAUGGCCUCUUCGUGACCAAUUUCACCAGAAAAAGAGUUCCAAAGAAAACUUGGAUAGAUUUAUUCCAAACCGAUCAGCAAUGGAUUUUGAUUACGCGCACUAUAUGCUGAUGGAAGGGAGGAAAGGCAAAGAGAACCCACCUGCAAGCUCACCCUCCAGAGAGGCCUACAGGAAGCAUCUGGCAGAGACCUUCAACAUGAACCGGACUCGAAUUCUCGCUUUCAAGAACAAGCCCCCUGCUCCGGUCGAGUUGUUCCCACCUCAUUUCUUCUCUUCUCAGCAGCAGGAUAAGCCCACCAAGCCCAAGCGAAGCAUUCCUCAGACUUCUGAGAGGACAUUAGAUGCCCCUGACCUUGUGGACGAUUACUACUUAAAUUUACUGGAUUGGGGAAGCUGCAAUGUUCUUGCAAUUGCUCUUGGAAAUACAGUUUAUCUUUGGGAUGCUUCUAAUGGUUCUACUUCAGAACUUGUUACUGUUGAUGAUGAAAAUGGCCCUAUUACAAGUGUUAGCUGGGCUCCUGAUGGCCAGCACAUUGCCAUUGGCUUGAACAACUCUGAAGUACAAUUGUGGGAUUCAACAUCUAACAAACAGCUAAGAACUUUGAAAGGAGGCCACAGAUUGAGAGUUGGAUCACUGGCAUGGAACAAUCACAUCCUUACCACUGGAGGAAUGGACAGUCUGAUCAUUAACAAUGAUGUAAGAGUCAGAUCACAUAUUGUCGAAACCUACAGAGGUCAUGAGCAAGAGGUUUGCGGGCUGAAAUGGUCACCCUCAGGCCUGCAAUUGGCAAGUGGAGGAAAUGAUAAUCUACUAUUCAUAUGGGACAGAUCAACGGCAUCUUCAAAUUCACCAACGCAAUGGGCUCACAGGCUCGAAGAUCACACAUCUGCAGUGAAAGCUCUUGCUUGGUGUCCUUUCCAGAGCAAUUUGCUAGCCUCUGGUGGAGGUGGAGGUGAUAGGUGCAUAAAGUUUUGGAAUACUCAUACUGGUGCAUGCUUGAAUUCUGUGGACACUGGCUCUCAGGUUUGUUCAUUAUUGUGGAACAAGAAUGAGAGAGAGCUGCUCAGCUCUCAUGGUUUUACUCAGAACCAGCUUACUCUCUGGAAAUAUCCAUCAAUGGUGAAGAUGGCCGAGCUCACUGGUCAUACUUCCAGAGUUCUGUUUAUGGCUCAGAGCCCAGAUGGUUGCACAGUGGCAUCAGCAGCAGCAGAUGAAACACUCAAAUUCUGGAAUGUCUUUGGAGCCCCCCAAGCAGCAAAACCUGCUCCAAAAGCAAACCCCGAGCCCUUUUCCCAUGUAAAUCGUAUCCGAUAGUGAUUUACUCAACAACAGGGACAAGGCAAAACCAAUCCGAGUUGAAUUUACUUUUUUGUUUGUUUGUUUGUUUGAAGAAAGAUAGUGAUGUAAAGUUUAUUUUUUUGCUGAAUGUGUAAAGAUAGUAACAUACUUGGUAUCAUGUGUAAAGUUCUGAUUACUCUCAACUCGAGAAAGUUUUGUGUUGUAUUCUCCUAAUUUUUCUUAGUGGAAACUUUUGCCUCAAUCUUUUGUCCA